CCGCUUCCUACCUCCGCCUCUUAAUAGCACUUCGGUCGCCGGGGUUGGGACUCUUUGACUCUCUCAUUGGAUUACCUUCAGCAGCAGGGUGACCAGAUCGGCGCCGGAAUGCAGCUGGUGCCAGUCGCCCUAAUUUACCUGGGCUCCUUCGCCUUCCUGGGGGCGGACACUGCGCGGCUCGAUUUGGCUUCAGAGUUCAGAAAGAAAUGGAACAAAUGGGCUCUGAGCCGGGGAAAGAGGGAAUUGCGUGUGCCGGACAAUCCCCUCGCUAGCCCAGCCGAAGUGAAGGCUGGUCCUAUCCAGACAUUUAUUCGGACCCAGGACGUGAAGGGUGCUUCCCGCAGCCCACAGCCCAGCAGUCCGGACGCAGCCCGCAUACGCGUCAAGCGCUACCGCCAGAGUAUGAAUAGUUUCCCGCACUUCCAGAGCUUGCGCAUCGGCUGCCGUUUUGGGACAUGCACCCUGCAGAACUUGGCGCACCAGAUCUACCAGCUCACGGACAAAGAUAAGGACAAUUCGGCGCCCCCUAACAAAAUCAGCCCCCAGGGCUACGGGCGCCGGCGUAGGCGCUCUCUUGCGGAGGGCUUUCCAGUUCGGACUCUCUCCUACUUUUCAUUCUCCUCCUCCUCCUCCUCUUCCUCCUCCUCCUCCUCCGAACGGCUACAGCAGCAGUAGCGGCAGCCGCGCCUCUGGCAGCUCAGCGAGGCAGCCUGCGUUGCGAGCCGAUUGCGCCCGGCGCCACUUCGAGGGGCCGCCUUCCUCUGGACGUAGGGGGCGGUAGCCGCGGCGAAACCACAGCACUGCACCCAAUGGGCGCCGGCCGGCCGGCCUCCGUGCUAGCAGGGAGGGGGUCAGUCCUGCGGGAUGGAGAACUCGAACGCAGGAGGCGUUAGGUCCACUACAGGAGCUCCCGCAGUCUUCCUCAUCCCUAUUGUUGGAGAGGAAAGUGUCCUCUCCAAGUGGGCACUGACCGCGGUCGCAUUUUGCCUUCACGCCCUUUGCUUCUCCGGGAACCUAACCCUCAUCCAAGCUGCGAGGACCCAGGCCGGGCCUAGGGUCCCUUGGGGAAUCAUUCAGAGAAUGCUAGGGUUGGGAGAAAGAUGCCUGGGACUUGCGCCGUGUGAAGAAUGAAGAUCUAGGGAACUUGGAUUUACCGAACGGGCCCAAACUGAGAGUCUGCGGGCUUCUCCCCGCUGUCGGGUGGGAAUCUCGGAACUACUUGAUCUUUUCAUAACAGAGGAAAAGUGCAAUGGUGGCUUUUAAAAAUGCGUUUUCAUAGAGAGGUAACUAUCUGAUAUUUAUCUUGCUGUCAGGUGUUUUUUUUUUUUUGUAAAUUCAGAGUUAUUUUUGUACGUUAUAUAUUGUAUUAUAUUGUAUAAGGGCAUUUUAAAAUAGUGUGUAUCUCCCUCCCCUUGUGUUAAUUUUAAUAUGAGAAUGUCACAGCAGAUUGGUCUCAGCCUGGUAUAACCCUCUCACCGCCAUGUUGAGGGUGUGUGUGAAAUGAGCGAGUGUGUUAAGAGAGAAAGUGUGAGUGUAUGACAUUCCGUCCUGGUGGAAAAAGAAAAUUCCACGUCUCUGUAUAUUAUAUUUUCUUAAAAGGGGUGGUGAUAUGGCGAAUAGCAAAACUAAUAAACAGUUACAAUACUGA